GAAAAGCUUCCUUGUUUGCCCUCGUUGACUGUUUACAUCUUCCAUGGCGGAAGUAUCGCGGUCCGGUGAAGAUCGGAGAAAAUGUACUUUAUAUCCUGGCGAGUUGUCUGAUUGAAGACUUGCUCCUGCGGUCAUGGAUGAAGAGCUGUCACUUUUGGAGUGCCUGCUGCCCUCAGGCAAACAGAAGAUCGGUUUGAUCAUCUUGAAUCAGCCUUUGAAUAAGGAUCACCUUCACAUACUAUGGAGUAAAGCUCUUUUGACGGCAUGUGCUGAUGGUGGUGCCAAUCACUUGUAUAACAUCACUGGAAAGAGUGACAGCUUCUGCCCCGACUAUAUCAGCGGCGAUUUCGAUUCCAUUACUGAAGAAGUCCGAGCUUUCUAUGCUGACAAGGGAUGCCGGUUGAUAGAAACAAGUGACCAGGAUCUGACAGAUUAUACCAAGUGUCUGGUCAUCAUGUUGGAAGAGAUUCAACAAAGGAAUCUGCAGGUGGACGCCAUUGUGACCUUGGGUGGGUUGGCGGGACGAUUUGACCAGAUGAUGGCUACUAUUGAAACCCUCCAUCACGCUCUCUCUAUGACGAAACUUCCACUCUUAGUCAUCCAGGAGAGCAACCUGGCCUAUCUGCUCAGACCCGGCAAGCAUACGCUCAGGGUGAACACGGGCCUAGAGGGGGAUUGGUGCAGCCUUAUUCCAGUUGGGGGACCCUGCCAAACAACCACCACUGGACUCAAAUGGAACCUGAAUAACCAGGUUCUGCAGUUCGGGAAGCUGGUGAGCACAUCUAACACCUACGAGUCGGUUUCUCCUGGACAUCCCAGGAGGUGCGUAACAGUCAGCACCGACCAGCCUCUGCUUUGGAGCAUGGGCAUCCUUAAAGGACAACAAUAACCCAUCAUUUUUUUUUCUUUUAACUUCAUAAGUUGAACUGAAGUUUAACAGCCAACAUUGGACACUACAUAGGGUACAACAAUAUUAGAAGGCAGGAUUAUCAAAAUCAUUUUUUAAGCCACACUAGGUUUAUUUGAAGUGAAGUGUUUAGCCUACUAGGGGCACAUAGAACAUACUGUGAAUACAAUGAAACCAAUCAUGAUGAGGAAUUUGCAAGAGUUUAUUGGUCAGAUGAGGGAAAAACAAACACUCAUCUUGCGCCCCUAUUUGUUGUAUUUACAAAAUGAAAGAAAUGUCAACAGAAAAUGUCAUCCCUUCAGUCUCCUGGAUCCAGAUGUUAAGGCCAUUUAACCACCACUGCAAGACAAAAUAAGAAUAAUGUCAUCAUGUUGUGCACAUACAUUUGAAUAAGAAACUUGGAUCAUGGUUUGUCCAUGUCUUGCAAAUGUGCCAUCAUUGAUAGCUUCUUAUACAAAUUGAAAUGAUCAAACUUUCUGAAUUGUGCAAAAAUAAAUAUUACACUUUAGUUCACUCUAA